AUGCGUAGGCACUUUCAUGGCCCCCGGUCUGGCCAUUCUGACCGGGGUUGUGUGGGAGCGGUUCCUAUUAGCCAUGGUCCCACAGAAGUGUCCUUUAGUGCUGCUUUUUGUGCAGCCGUGCAUCCUGGCGUAAUUGUUGGCUUGAAAGCCAAAGGAUUCACAUGCGAUGUUGAUUUGCGGUAUCUUACAGUAGAAGAAUUGACUUCAGGAAUGCAAGGUUUUCUGGAUGAGGAAGAGGCUGCUAGCCUUAUUGAAUUGUCACAAGUCACUGUGCGAAGCAUGCCAAACCGGUCAAGCAGUGGAAGUAUCUGUGUCGCUUCGAGCCCAUCUGACAACACGGCAAGAGCAUCACCACCCGCACUUUUUUCCGAGUCGCAGGUUGCAAUCAGCGCGUCCGCUCCCAAGCGUCGUUGUCUGUCUCAGGUUGCACCGGUGGAUUUUUUUUGGGAUAUUUAUAUCCGGCUCGGCAUUCGCGGGCUGCUUUGGUCUCCGCUUGCUGCCAGUAACCCAGAUGCUGCCAGAGUGGGCUUUGAGCGCCGGUUUCAGAAUUUUGAGCUUAAGAGCUUGAAAGCAAAAAUCAGCAUGCUCAGACGGUGGUGGAGAUUUCUAGAAGCUCAGCAAGCACCGCAAUCAAAUGCCGUGCUGCCAGCAGUCCAACCAUGUUUUCAAUUUUUGCAAGCUGUAGCAGCGUCUGGCCCCACAGCUGCACCAGGAGUCUUCCAAAAUAUGCUUUGGUGGCGUCGCCAUGUCGGAAUUCCAUGGCCCACUGAGGACCCGCUUUUGUGUACGUGGAAUCGUGUCUUAGAACCGCAUGCCCCAAAAGAGCGUACGCCGUUGUCAUUUAAGGCUUACUCUUUUUUAGUAGAUCUGACGUCCAAAACCCCAGCUGCAGUUGCGUCCUUCGCGGCAUUCGCCUUGCUUCCAUUGGUGGCUUGUUUGCGCUUUGCACACGUGCAGCGAUCAGUAGGCCUUGCAGUGGAUGGUGAGUAUGUGGUUGGGCUAUGUGUGAAAGGCAAGAGCCGCCGGAAAGGUGGGAGGCCACCGUUUCGAUGGGCCGCCCCAGCGCAUUUUGCUGGUCGAAACAAUGUCUUCGACCCCAUGCUGAGAGUCGUUCAACAGCUCCAGUCGCAGCAUGGAACUUUGCCAUUUGUGAUCCCGGACCUCGCUUUGGGCCCGUCUGGAGUUGUGGAUGGCAAUGCAAAGUGGUGCCAGAGGCCAAUGCCCAUUGAGAAAUUUAUUUCAUUGCUCCGAUCUCUCUUGGGUUGUAGGAAUGUUGACAGAGAUGAGAUCGAAAGUAUCACCACUUAUAGCUUGCGUAGAUUCCUGCCAACAAUUGCUGAAGUGUUGCUCACGCCUCCAUUUGUUUCCCAGGCUCUUGGGAACUGGCAGGAAUUUCCAACGCAAUCCCAUGUGGAUCCAGUAGCCUUGAGUAUGGCGCAGCACUAUGCGCAUGACAAAGUCGCUAGCGCUGGCUACGUUAAAGGGCUCUUAUUGUCAGCAGUGCAGAAGGCUCAGCAGGCUUGCCCAGGGGAAAAAAUUGUGUGGCAAACGUUUCGGAAAUGCGGCAUCACAUGGCAAUCCCUCGUCCCCUUUGAAUUUCAGGAGGAGCGGGGUCGUGACGCAUCCACGCCUUUGGACGAAUCUUCCAGUGAGUCUAGCUCUUCAAGCUCUAGCAAUGCAUCUGAUGCAAGUGCAGCUAGAAGGGUGUGCCAAACCAUAAAUUGGAUGAGCGUCCAGCCAGCGGUGGUGCACAUCUUGCAAGAUGGUGGUGCAGCUUUUAUUCCAUGGUGCCGUACCACCCCUUUUGUUUCUGCUAAUGUGAAAUGGGGGACUGGGCUUCAACCAGGCUCCAAUGUCUGCGCUUCAAGCACAACCCUCGCCAUGCCCGGACCACAGUCCGCUCAAGUGAAGCGAGACAAGGAGGAAUUGUCCAAAUUGUUUCAGCAAUGUAGGUUGUCUGAAGACCUCAUCAAGUAUAUCGACACGGUUGGUGUGGAGUCCCUCUCCGAUUUUGUCAACAUGGUCAGUGCUGCAUCCUAUGAAAGUGAGCUCAAGACGUUGUUGCUUGACCCUUCAUCGGAGAAGGGAAGUGUCAUUCAAUUGUCCAGAUUACGAGCUUCCUGGCAAGAAGCUAAAUCUGUCCUUGAGCGCUCCAAAAAGCGUAGGCUGGAGGGUGUUGCAGAAGAUGCUGAUGAUCCUCUAGAUACUGUCAUGCAAGAGGGUCUCAUGUCCAGUUUUGCCACUCAGUAUGGACUGAGAUUGCCCAUGCAUUUGACGCCCAGUGACUCCCUACUGGGUCGCGUUUACCGAGAAGUAUCCAAGGGCGCUCCUACAGUGAUAGCCAUUCGCAAGGUGCAAUCGUUGUACAAAGCCUCUCAAGUUGCAGCCAAGGAAGAGGUAUCCCUAGGCAAUCACAUUAAGGUCCAACUGCAGUCUGAGCCUCCACCUCUGAAGCACACAAUCCAAUAUUAUUUUGGUCUGCGCAUUUUAGGAAAUGCUUAUGCAAUUGUUGGCCAGCACAAAGUGGAAUCUGCAGUCACUCCAUCCAAGCAAGUUGUCGCUGCGCCUCUCAGUGUGAACCUUGACUAUGCAGAUUUUUGCCUGCGCAAAGCCUCUGAAUGCGCUAUGGUUCCCGACCUGCAGCUUCAGUGGCUCCAAGCCCGUGAUGAGCACACGAGGUCCCGUAUGGUUGAAUUGAUGCGCCAGAAUUACCCACAAGGUGAGGCGCUAGAAAAGGCGCUGGCAGAGACGGAGCUCUUGUGGAACGCGCAGACGCAGCAGAUUCAUGAGCAGCCGUCCUCUGGCAUGACCACCUCGCCAGCAAGCACCCCAAGCAAGAGGUCUGAACGCACAGUGCGUGUUUUAUCCACAGGCCAAGCAAUUUGCAAGAAGAGAAAUGACCAGCGAGGUUGCACCGCCAAAGAACGUUGCACACUUUUGACCUUGGCCACGCUAGGCAAGCACUGCCACAAAGAAGAGACGCAUUGUGUUCACCAUACCCGAAGGGUUGCAGACGAAGCGGCUCAAGACGUUGGAAGUGCAUUUGCUGAACACGCGCCUUUUCCAGAGCUCAGUCUGCAACAGCAUGUUUCCCCUUCAGCAGUCGGGCGUUUUCAGAGUGAUGGGAAGCGCUUGCCCGCUUCCGCCUACGAAGCUCAAGCGUUGUUGUGGAAGGGAAAUGCCUGGCGUGUACCGUCAGUAAGGGAAAAGGCACAGUUGCAUUGUAUUCCAGGUAGCUUGCUUCUUGGUCCUGCAGGGGAGGGUCAUUCAUGCGAAGCUGCUUUGGCUGCGGCGCUAGAAAACUCUUUCCACAUUCCUUCGUUGGCUAUGGUUCUUUGCGUUUUUCUCACAAGCGUGGCUGGUGCAGUGCGCGUUCCAGCGCCCUGGUAUUCCUUGGAAGAAGGGCGCCUUAGAGAGUUGACUUGGAACACGGUUUUUCACACAAAGGUCUUGCAAUCCAUCCCAGGCCUCAUGAGUUCCCAUCAACUUGCUGACUACUUCUACCAGCGGUGCGCGUUGCACGGUAUCCAGUUCAAUAUGCCGCAGUCUCAGCUUGCGUAUGUUCUGGCCGCCAGUGACCUGGCUUGUUUGCAAGUUUAUUGGGCGGAUACACAGCUCAGGGGGUUACAGGCCAAUCCGCAAGGGCUCGAUUGGGCCCAGCAGAAAGCCCCUGCGUUGGCAGCUGCCGCUACAGGCAACCAACGAGGUUCUGGUUUGUCCUCUUUUGCCCUGCCGCCUUUGCAUGAGCGAGGCUUGUCAAAAGAUGCCCACUUGUUGGCCUCCGCUUCAGUGAAGUCACCCUUUGCGCAACCAGUGCCUUUAGAUGACGAUGCCAUGUUUGUUUGCAGGGCCAUGUCCACGUUUGGCCCGCGUUUUCGCUCAUGGAGGAUUCAGCAGCUGAGAGAGCUACAGCGGAUGGCUAAGAAGUUGGUACCAUGGGAGAAAGCCUUGUGUGCUCACAUGCCUGCGUCUGUCGCAUGCGUUGCAUCCAACAAGAGACCGGCCUUUUUGUUAGCAUGUGCUUUGUUGCUUCGUUGGCCUGAUGAAACGUGUCCGCUACGUUAUGUCUUAGGCUUUGGUAUAAUAGGCGACAUUGAAAACUCCAGCCUUUUCCGCCCUUUGGUUACUGACCAAUCGUUGCCGGUCGGUAAGGCAGUUUUGCUAGGUGAGUCUGCCCUUCAGAACUUGCAGGCAAUGCAUAGUAGAGUCCGGCCCGGGUCUCAUGAUGAGGCAUUGCGUGACAUGACUUUGCAAGAAGUCCAGCUAGGUUUUGCAGAAGGGCCGUUCUCUCAAAGCCAAAUAGACAGCAUGUUUGGGGUAGGAGGCUGGAGGCCGUUGGAGCGUUUCGUGCAUGUCCAAAGUUGUGGUAAGCUCCGCUUAAUCGACAGUGGGAAAAAGCCAGGCCACAACAAGGCCUGUAGGGAAACUGAAACAAUCUAUACAGCAUCCGUGGAUGUCAUCCCUGCAGCAACACAAGCCAUUUUUGAGCAAGCGCAGCGCAACUGGGGCUCAGCCUACGAGCAUUCAAUUCCCUGGCUCCAGAUGGUUCUAGGUACAGAAGAUAUGUGUCAUGCAUACCGCCAGUGUCCCAUCCAGCCAUCAGACAGAUGCUGCGCAGUCGUGAGCUAUUGGGAUUGCGUCCAGAAUGACAUCAGGUUUGUUAUCCUCAAUGGCAUGCCUUUUGGCCUGUCCUCUGCAGUCCUUGCCUUUAAUAGGACACCUGCUUUGCUAACCGCGGUAUCGCGCAGAAUGGGAGGCGCCUUAGCCAUUUACUUCUUUGACGAUACUGGGAUCUUGACUUCCAGGCCUGCCAAGGGUCAGCCCAAGCAGUGGUGCGAGGAGUUUAUGGUGCAGCAGGUAAGUUCGGUUGGGCUAGUACUGGCACCUUUGGCAAGUGCGGCCGUGGAGGCCAAGCUGCCCUUGUGCAGAGGCAGUAUUUUGAUUCCUCUGAUGCAUUGUUUGCAGCCGAUUGGCAUGACUGCAGUGUUGGGACCUGAAGUUAUUGCAUGUCUAGUUGACCGCAAGCAGCAAAUAACGCCAUGUGAGGCCUUGCUCAGUGUCAUUGUGCCGGCUAAC